UGCACAUCAUCUGUACACAGUAACAGAAGCAAUAAAUACAGAGGUAACAGCAAUAUCACUCAUUUAAAGUAAAAGUUGACCAAAAAUGGUGAAAAUCAGCUUGCAAAUUAAAGCCAAUCUUGAGAAUAUUGACGAGUUAUAUACAAUCCAUCCAAAUUAUAACUUUUUGCUGAAGAUCAAAUGUCUCAGCUGUGGAGAAGUCUCAGACAAAUGGCAUGAUGUGACUGAAUCACAGACCUAUCCAACAAAAAUGGGCAAAUCUGAAGUUCAUUACCUUGCAAAAUGUAAACUGUGUUCAAGAGAAAACAGUCUUGAUAUUAUUCCAGGCAGUAAUGGAAAAUUUACAUCAAACAGUGGUGGAAAAUUUGUUACUCUUGUAACAUUUGACUGUAGAGGUAUUGAGCCAAUUGAGUUUUCACCUGCUGAAGGUUGGAUUGCAAGGGUGGAAGAGAGUGGCAAGGUUUUUGAUGAUGUUGACUUGAGUGAGAAAGAAUGGGCAGAUUAUGAUGAUAAAGCUAAUCAAUCUGUUGGCAUAUAUGAAUUUGAAUCACAAUUUAUUAAAGUCAAAUAAAUAUCUUAAACAACUCA